AUGGCUCUCAAUAUACCAGGUCUGAUAAUGAUGGUGGCGUUUUACUUACUUGUGUUGGGAAUCGGCAUCUGGGCGUCUGUGAAAUCUAAGAAGAUGGAGAAAAACACACAAGGUGGACAGGUGGAGCUUUCUUUUUUGGCUAACCGGAGCGUCAACAGGUUAGUUGGAGCCUUCACAAUGACAGCUACUUGGGUUGGAGGUGCCUUUAUCAUUGGAAUUGCAGAGGCAGUUUACGACCCCACCAGGGGUUUGAUCUGGGCUCUUGUUCCUCUGCAAACAUCAAUUUCCUUCAUCAUUGGUGGACUGUUCUUUGCAAAGCCAAUGAGGGAGAACAAUUACAUCAGUAUGAUGGAUCCUUUUAAGAGAAAGUAUGGAAAAGCUCUGACUGCAGUUCUCGCCAUUAUUCCUGUUAUAACAGAAGUCGUCUGGAUCCCUACAUUGCUGAUUUCUUUGGGAGCUACCAUGAGGGUGGUUUUGGAUCUGUCCUUCAGUGUUUGCGUCUGGAUCUCUGCUAUAGUGGCAAUCAUCUACACUGUUCUUGGAGGUCUCUAUUCAGUUGCCUACACUGAUGUCAUCCAGAUAUCACUGGUGCUUCUAAGCCUGUGGCUGUGUGUGCCGUUUGUUCUGACGAGUGACGCUUAUACUGACAUCACUAAAACAACAUUUAACCACACAUAUCAGACCUCCUGGCUUGGAAAGCUUGAGUCUGAUGACGUCGGGAGAUGGAUUGAUAAUUUUCUAGUCAUGAGUGUCGGCAAUAUGGCCAUUCAGGAUUUCCACCAAAGGACACUCUCCUCAGCCUCCACGUCCACAGCCAGAAUCAUCUGUUUUAUUGCUGCAGGAGGAGUCAUCCUUUGUGGAAUCCCCUCCACCCUGAUUGGUGCUGUUGCAGCUUCAACAGACUGGAACUCCACCUCAUAUGGUUCUCCUUCUCCAUACGAGCGAGGGGAGACGGCCAUGUUGUUGCCCAUCACCCUUCAGAAUCUAACCCCGGUCUACAUUUCUGCUUUUGGCAUCGGGGCUGUUGCUGCUGCUGUGAUGUCAUCAGCUGACUCCUACCUGUUGUCUGCAACCACCAUCUUCACCACCAACAUCUACCAGGCCAUCAGGAGUCAGGCAUCAGACAAGGAGCUACAGUGGGUGAUCCGGCUCUCCAUAGUGGUUGCAGGACUUGUGGGAACUUCCCUCACCUACCUGGACAACAGCAUCAUGGUGUUCUGGAUCCUGGGCUCAGAUCUCACAUACACCAUUUUAUUUCCCCAACUGAUCUGCGUCCUCUUCAUUAGGGUUUCCAAUGGUUACGGGGCGAUAGCAGGCUACCUUGUUGCGGUGGUGAUGAGGCUGUUGUGUGGAGAGCCGUUGUUCGGCCUCCCUGUGAUCCUGCAGUUCCCAGGAUGCAUUUUAAAGGAUGGUGUUUACAUUCAGCGCUGGCCUGUCAAAACCAUUUGCAUGCUGUCUGCUCUGGUCUCCAUUCCCAUGGUCUCAUAUGUGGCCUCACUCCUGUUUAACAAGGGGAUCCUUCCUGAGAGGCUGGACGUGUUCAAGGUGAAAUCACAGGAAGCACCAGCAGAUGGAGCCAGAGAAGAAGAUGGAGAAAAACACUCAAAAUGGACAGAUGGAAGUUUCUUUUUUGGCUAACCGGAGGGUCAACUUGGCAGUGGGAGUCUUCACGAUGACGGGUGAGUUUUGGUCGAGCAGAGAAGUUAAAAACUUUAUGUCUAAAACUAUGAUUUUUAACAAUACUCUUCAUAUUAUGCAGCCACAUGGGUCGGAGGUGCCUUCAUCAUUGGAGUUGCAGAGACGGUUUAUGACCCCACAAAAGGACUAA